UUGGGAAGGUUCCUUCAUGGAGAAACACAGCUCUGGAGAUGAAGUGACAGAGAUGUGUCUUCUUGCUCUUUCUUUCUUCUCUUUCCUUGCAUUCACGCAUGCAGAGAUUCCAAGCAAGAUUGGUGUCAAUUAUGGGCAGCUGGGUGACAACUUGCCAUCCCCAUCACAAUCCAUCGAGCUCAUCAAAUCAAUGAAGGCUGGUCGGGUUAAGCUCUACGACGCCAACCCUGAAAUCUUGAAUCUUCUAUCAGGAACCAAAAUUCAGGUUUCCAUCAUGGUUCCAAACCAAGAAAUCUCAAACAUCUCUUCAAACCAAACCUUAGCGGACCAGUGGGUGCGCGAUAAUGUUCUUUCUUACUAUCCCCAAACCAUGAUUAGGUUCAUAGUUGUUGGGAACGAAGUCCUCAGUUAUUACUCAGACCGUGAUCGUGAAACUUGGUCUAAUCUUGUACCAGCCAUGCGCCGCAUCAAGAAAUCCCUUCAAGCUAACAACAUCCCAAACAUCAAAGUUGGUACUUCUGUGGCAAUGGACGUAAUGGAAUCAAGCUUUCCACCAUCAAGUGGAAUGUUUCGGUCUGACAUUCUGGACACUGUGAUGGUACCAUUGCUAGAAUUUUUGAGUGGAACCAAUUCAUUCUUCUUCCUCGAUGUGUAUCCAUACUUGGCAUGGUCUGCAAACCCCUCCAACAUAAGCCUAGACUAUGCACUGUUUAGAGAUGGAAAUCUUAAUUACACCGACCCCAUUAGCAACCUCACCUACACUAAUCUCCUAGACGAAAUGCUUGAUUCAGUGAUCUUCGCCAUGGAAAAACUUGGUUAUCCAAAUAUCCGGCUUUUGAUUUCAGAAACAGGCUGGCCUAAUGCUGGUGAUGUCGACCAACCUGGUGCAAAUGUCUACAAUGCUGCAUACAACCAAAAUCUCAUCAAGAAGAUGACAGCUAAACCAGCGGUUGGGACACCAGCGCGACCAGGUAUGACCAUACCAACCUUUAUAUUCGCAUUGUACAAUGAGAACCAAAAGAGGGGUCCAGGGACUGAGAGGCACUGGGGUUUAUUGGACUGCAAUGGAAAACCGGUGUAUGGUGUCGACCUAACUGGCGAGCUGGAGUCGAACGAUGAUCAGCUACCAAUGCCACAAAAUAACAAGCCUUACCAAGGAAAGAUAUGGUGUGUGGUUGCCAGUGAAGUGAAUCCUGAGCAGCUGGUGUCAGCUCUAAUAUAUGCAUGUAGUCAGGGCAACGGGACCUGCGAUGCUCUUAUGCCAGGGAAGGAGUGUUAUGAACCGUUUUCCUUACUUUCGCACGCAAGCUAUGCUUUUAGCUCAUACUGGGCUAAGUUUCGGAGCCUGGGAGCCAAUUGCUACUUCAAUGGACUGGCUGUUCAAACAACUGAGGAUCCAAGUCGUGGAUCUUGCAAGUUCCCUACCGUGACUCUUUAAAGGAUAUUACAGAAGAUCAACGGAGAUGCUUCUUCAUUUCUAUUAUUUUCCCUUUUUGGUACUUUUGACCAUUUUCUAACUUAUGUGAAAAGAAUACUAGAAUAUGGUUUUUUGAUCCUAGUACUAAUGAGAAGGUCAUGCCAUUUGUCAA